AUGAGAGCGCUGAACGCCUUCCACGAGUCCCUUCCGUACAUUGACGACGAGCCCACGCCGGCCGAGCGUGAAGCCGCCGAGUCCCUGAUCCGAGCCGAGCUCGCGAUCUCUGAGCCAGCUGCUCCGCCAGCCUACAAAGAAGCCUCGUUUUCUCCCCUUAUCGAACUCGAGCUCGAGCGCGUCGCGUCGAAACAACCUCUGAAGGUCAUCGACCUUGAACGUUACCAGACACAAGAGCCCUUCCCCGAACCAGGGCAACCAAAGACGGCAGAGGACCGCCGGCGCCUGGAGGACUCGCUCCGCAAGGCGUACGUAUCGUAUGCGUACCUGGACGCUCGAGCCCAGAAUCUGGGUCUUCUGGACAAGUAUGGCAAGAAUGCUUGGCUGAUCGGCAACUGGGGUCUUGAGAACGAGCUCAAAGCCCUGGAGCGAGAUCUUGCGGAAACGAAACGCCAGAUCGAUAUCCUUACGGUCGCCAGAAGAAGACAGCAAGAAGAGGUCGCAGGCGAGAUGAAGGGAUUGGAAGAGAAUUGGAAAAAGGGUGUCGGAAGAACGUUGGAAACAGAGAUCGCCAUCGAGCAACUGAGGAGAGAGGUAUUGGAGAAGAUGAGGGUAAGAGGAGACUGA